AUGUAUCUACAGCAAGCCCUCGUGUUUACAAAAAAUGAAAAGAGAAUAUUUAUAAACAUCCUUAACUCCUCGAUUUAUUUCCCCCUUUCCUUAUUUUUUUUUCAUUCUUGUCUCUUUCCAUUAUCUUUUUUCUUUCUUUCUUUUCAUUUUGGUUUUUGUUUCGUCGUUCUUUUAAGUUUUUGCUUCCUUUUUCUUUCGUCAUCAAUUUAUUCAUUUAUUUUCUUUUUAGUUUCGUUUUCUAUCUUCUUUCUUUCUUUAUUUUCUGAUUUGUUUUUCUUUUUCACCUUAAGUUAUCACUUUCUUUCUUUCUUUCUUUCUUUCUUUCUUUCUACUCUUUUUUGUUUAUUUCUAGUUUUCUUUAGUUUGUUGUAUGAUUCUUUUACUUUUAAAUUGUUACGUUCUUUCAGUAAUUUGAUCUUUUUUAUUUCUUCUUUCAGCCAUCGAUUUCUUUCUCUCUUUUUAGCUUAUUGUUCUUUAUUUCUUUUUUCUUUAGUUAACACUUUCUUUCUUUCUUUCUUUCUUUCUUUCUUUCUUGUUUCAAUGUUUCUUAUUUCGUUUGUAGUCUUUAAUUUCUUUUUCCUUUCACUCAACACUUCCUUUCUUUCUUUCUUUCUUUCUUUCUUUCUUUCAUUUUUGUUUCUAUCUCUCUUCUUUAGUCUGUGGUCUGUUCUUUCUUUUUCCUUUCACUCAACACUUUCUUUCUUUCUUUCUUUCUUUCUUUCUUUCUUUCUUGUUUCAAUGUUUCUUAUUUCGUUUGUAGUCUUUAAUUUCUUUUUCCUUUCACUCAACACUUUCUUUCUUUCUUUCUUUCUUUCUUUCUUUCUUUUUUUGUUUCUAUGUCUCUUCUUUAGUUUGUUGCCUUUUCUUUAUUUUUUCUUUCACUCAUCACUUUCUUUCUUUCUUUCUUUUAUCCAUCCCGCUUCCCCUCUUUUUCCUAUCGUCACCGUUUCCUCCGAUCGAUGUUCACCCUCGCACCAUCGUUUCUUCUUUAGUUCGUGGUCUUUUCUUUCUUUUUCUUUUUCUUUUCGUUCAUCACUUUCUUUCUUUCUUUCUUUCUUUCUUUCUUUCUUUCUUUCUACUCUUUCUCGUUUCUAUGUGCCUUCUUUAGUUUGUGGUCUGUACUUUCUUUUUCCUCUCGUCAUCACUUUCUUUCUUUCUUUCUUUCUUUCUUUCUUUUUGUCUUUCUUUCUUUCUUUCUUUCUUUCUUUCUUUCUUGUCAUUCUUAUACCGGCUGUAAAUGAAUGA